CAUGGCAGAAGGCAGAAGUAUAAUCAACUGCAACAUAACCCAACUUCUCGACUGCUAUCGAAUUGUUUUGAACGUAACUAACGUGUUAGAGUAAAUAAAUCCAUAUUAAUUCGAUGGCAAACGACAGAGAGGUGCUUCGUGAAAUUUGGGAUGGAAAAAUUCCAGUCUGUUUCACUCUCAACUCUGAGGAAAUAUGCGAUUUACAAGGGCCGGAUCCGUUUUAUCUAAUGGUACCUAGGUUAAGUUACUUUCCAUUAUGUACAGAGAAGGUACGAAAACACUUUAUACGACAUGUACAAAGUGAUAGUAAACAAGAGCAUGAGAUGUGGUUGGAAUUCAAUGGAAUGCCAUUAAAGUGGCAUUAUCCAAUUGGAGUUUUACUGGACAUUUAUUUCAAUGACAUUCAAUUACCUUGGAAUAUUGUUGUCCACUUUGAUAAAUUUCCAGAAAAUGUUCUAAUGCACUGUCAAAACAAGGAAGUUGUAGAAGCCCAUUUUCUGUCUUGCAUAAAAGAAGCUGAUGUUCUAAAGCAUAGAGGCCAAAUUGUCUCCAGCAUGCAAAAAAAGGAUCAUACACAGUUAUGGAAUGGUAUUAUGAACGAUAAAUUUGAUCAAUUCUGGUCUGUGAAUGGUAGACUUAUGGAAACCAAUACUGAAGAGGGAUUUAAAUAUAUACCAUUCCGAUGCUAUACAAAUGAAGAUAAAUAUAUACAGAAACUUGUAAAACCAAUGAAUGAAGAAGGUCAAAGAAAGACUUUGAAGCAUUUGUUAAAUGAAGUGUUCCCAGAUCAAGAAAAUGUUGUAGUGCGCACCCAUGGCAUUGUACCACCCUCAGAGACGCCGAUUCAGUGGAUGUCGGAGCACUUAAGUUACCCAGAUAAUUUUCUGCAUUUAAUUGUAGUUACAUCGUAACGUAUAUUGAGAAACGAUUUCAUCAUUAAUUGUAAGUAAAAGAACUAUUUUAUAAUUUUUGCAGAACAUUAUGUACUUUGCCUAAGUUGUUUUAUAUUGUGAUGUAUUUAUUUUAUGAUAAGUAAUAGAAGUUUGCAAGUAUCCAAAAUUUUUCAUCAUUUAGUUGAAAUUCUCUAAGCCAAGUUUUACGAGCAUAUUUGGACUCGACUCGACUUGAAUUUUAAGAGUACUUGCAAUCUUAACUGAGAUGUAUUAUAUUAUACUUGUUUUUGUUACAAAGUAUAUUUUAUAAAUAAUUACGAAGAAUGGUCUUAUGUGAUAAUGAAUGCAUUAAAAAAAUGUUUAAAU